AUGGCCUCUCUAGAGACCACUCAAGGCACUGUCCAAUUCCGCCAUUCGUCCCUCCCCGGUGGCUCUGCUGAAACCUGGUAUCGAGUCGUCGGCAAGCUCCAGCCGAAUAGCACUCCUCUGGUCCUCCUCCAUGGCGGCCCUGGCUUCCCGAGCAUCAUUUUCGGGGACGUCUUUGACAAAUAUGCAGCUCAGAGCGGCAACCCCGUGAUUUUGUACGAUCAGGUUGGUUGUGGCAAGAGCACGCAUUUCCAACAGACACGACUGGACACUUCCCUUUGGACCCCCAAGUUGUUUGUGGCUGAGCUGGAGAAUCUGCUCAAAGAGCUCGGCGUGACGACUUUUGACUUGUACGGUCAUUCUUGGGGCGCUCUUUUAGCAGCUCAGGUCGCCAUCACGGAGGCCCCUUUCGUGGGACACUUGCGAAGGCUGAUUCUGGCAAGUGGUUUGUCGUGUUCUAGCUUGUGGGAGAAGGCGCAGCGUACGUUGUUGAAGCAGAUGCCGCAGUCGGUGCAAGACGCCAUUGAGAAGGGAGAGCGUGAGAAGGAUUACCAGUCUGAGGCGUAUCAGAAUGCGAUUGGUCAAUACUACAACCGGCAUGUGUGCAGGACGUCGCCGUGGCCGGAUGCAUUGAAUGAUGCAUUUGCUGAGGCGGGAAAAGAUGAUACGGUCUAUUUUACGAUGUGGGGACCGUCGGAAGUUACAGUAACUGGCAACUUGAAGGACUAUGACUUGCGGCCGCAGCUGAACAAGAUCAAGGUGCCUACUUUGCUCAUCAAUGGCGAGUACGAUGAAGCUACGGAUGAGGUGAUGAGGCCGUUUUUCACGAAUAUCGAAAAGGUCAAGUGGGUUGUUAUUAAUGAUGUUGGGCAUAUUGGCUAUUUGGAGGAGCCGGACAAGUACGUUUCCAUUGUGGCUGACUUUCUCGCUGCGUAG